CCAGCAGUAUACUUGCAUUAUAUAUAAAAUGUAUUCUAUUUCCAUUUUUUUUUAGAAAACCAAUGAAUUCAUCUGCAAAUUAAUUUUAUUUUCUGCAUAAAAUACCCAUAAAUUAAAAAAAUAUCUUGUUGUUUAUUUUGCUGUAAAAUCACUCCUAGGAGAAGUCAUGAAGUCAAAGCGAAAGAAUACACAAUCUGAUUAAAAUUUUUUGGAGUACUAUUUUGGCCUUCAGCAUCAUUGUAAUGUUUACAGGAUAGAAUCAGUUAUCAGGUCACAGGUGCCAAACAUGCUGUUGUACUGUAUUAGUUUAUGCAAGAUUGUGUGAUCAUGCAAACUACAUUGAUGCUCUUUGUAUUUCUUACCCUUAGUAUCUCUUUGUAUAGAGAAUAUGGUUCUUCCUCCAUUGCAAUCGUUCCUCUACUGUCACAACCAAUCACAAGCUCCAAUUCAAAUAAGCCCAACCCAGUUCCUCUCCUACCCUUCUUACCAACCCAUGUCAACCCUUCUCUCUCGUUCUCUCUCUCUCUCUGUGCCCCUCCAUUCUCCUCACCUCCCUGCACGUUCCUCUUAACAAUAAAAGACGUUUAAAUAGCGAAAUAUAUAGACAGGCGGGUUGAAGUGCAUAAUAGAAACUGACUGGUGGAAGAUCCUUUUGUGGAGGGAUGGAAAAGCAUCGUGGGUUUCUGUGCAAAAACCCCCAUGAGCUUUACUACAAGAGGAUGCAAAGCAGACAAAAGCUGAAAAGGGAAAGGAUGGAUGGUCUGAAUCAGAAGAGGCUGAGGGUGUGUGUGGCGACGUGCAACAGGGCAGACUACUCGAAAUUGGCUCCGAUCAUGUUUGGGAUCAAAUCCCACCCUGAUGACUUCGACCUGGAUAUUGUGGUCCUUGGUUCGCAUUUGAUUGAUGAUUACGGGAACACUUUUCGAAUGAUUGAGCAGGAUGACUUUGACAUCAGUUCGAAACUGCACACGAUUGUAAGAGGAGAGGAUGAGGCAGCCAUGGUGGAGAGUGUAGGACUUGCUUUGGUAAAACUUCCAGAUGUCCUACAAAGACUGCGCCCGGAUAUUGUCAUUAUCCAUGGAGAUCGUUUCGAUGCAUUGGCUCUGGCUACUUCUGCAGCACUGAUGAACGUUAGAAUACUUCACCUCGAGGGAGGAGAGGUGAGCGGCACAAUUGAUGACUCGAUCCGCCACGCUAUCAGUAAACUAGCCCAUUACCAUGCCUGCUGCACACGAAGGGCAGAGCAACACCUUAUUUCCAUGUGUGAGGACCAUUCCCGCAUCUUGCUGGCUGGCUGUCCCUCCUACGAUAAACUGCUGUCAUCUCAGAACCAUGAAAACUAUCUGGAUAUCAUCAAGAGCUGGUUGGGUGACAAUGUGCAGGAUCAUGACUACAUUGUGGCUUUGCAGCACCCAGUCACAACUGAUAUUCAGCACUCCAUUAAAAUUUAUGGACUCAUGUUGGAUGCACUUAUCUCCUUCAAUAAAAGGACUCUCAUCCUCUUUCCCAACAUUGAUGCCGGAAGUAAGGAAAUGGUGCGGGUGAUGAGAAAAAAGGGCAUCGAGCAGCAUCCCAACUUUCAGGCAGUGAAGCACAUUCCCUUUGAGCAGUUCAUUCAACUGGUGUCCCAUGCCGGUUGCAUGAUUGGAAACAGCAGCUGUGGUGUGCGAGAGGCGGGGGCCUUUGGUACACCGGUCAUCAACUUGGGAACAAGACAAACAGGCAGAGAGACGGGUGAGAAUGUUCUGCAUGUGAGGGAUGCCGAUACGCAUGAUAAGAUCUUCCAUGCUUUGCAGCUGCAGUUUGGAAAGCGAUACCCCUGCUCUAAGAUCUAUGGUGACGGAAAUGCCGUCCCCCGGAUUCUCAAGUUCUUAAAAUCCAUUGACCUGAAUAAGCCGCUUCAGAAGACUUUCUGCUUCCCCACGGUGAAAGAUUCCAUCUCACAAGACAUUGAUCACAUCCUGGAGAAACAAAGCGCUCUGGCUGUGGAUCUUGGCGGUACCAACCUCAGAGUAGCAAUUGUCUGCGCUCAGGGUACUAUAGUGAAGAAAUAUACUCAACCAAAUCCAAAGACCUUUGAACCCAGGAUGCAGCUCAUAUUGAAAAUGUGUGAAAUUGCUAUGCAGGAUGCAGUAUCUCUCAACUGUAGAAUACUGGGUGUUGGAGUGUCUACUGGUGGGCGGGUAAAUCCACAAGAAGGCGUAGUAAUGGACUCCACUAAACUAAUCCAGGAGUGGACGUCUGUGGAUUUGAGAACACCCAUCUCUGAUGCCUUUCAUCUGCCUGUCUGGGUGGAUAAUGACGGAAACUGUGCAGCUUUGGCUGAAAGGAAGUUUGGUCAUGGAAAAGGAGUGGAGAACUUUGUCACUGUCAUCACAGGAACAGGUAUUGGAGGUGGGAUUAUUCAGCACAACGAGCUGAUCCACGGCAGCACUUUCUGCGGCGCCGAAUUGGGUCACAUCAUGGUGUCGUUAGAUGGCCCAGAGUGUUCGUGUGGAAGCCGAGGAUGCAUUGAGGCAUACGCUUCUGGCCUGGCCUUGCAGAGAGAGGCCAAAAAAAUGAAUGACGAUGAACUGAUAAAAGGGGAUGGCUUGGAAAAGAAGCUCUCCGAGCCCAUCACUGCUGCGCACCUUAUCAGUGCGGCAAGACAAGGGAACGCCAAGGCUGCAGCAAUUCUCAAUAAGGCCUCCAUAGCACUAGGAGUGGGCAUUAUCAACAUCCUCCACACAAUCAACCCCUCACUGGUGAUCCUGUCUGGUGUCUUAGCCUCAAUUUACCAGGACCCUGUGCAGAACGUUAUCGCGAGUAGAGCCCUCUUACCGGCUCAGAGCACCAAGGUGGUGAUAUCGGACUUGGAAGAACCCGCUUUAUUAGGAGCUGCGAGUAUGGUAUUGGAUUAUGCCACCAGAAGGACUUACUAAGAGAUACUCAGUCCUUGUUGCUUGAUUCAUACAACAUUUCUGCCACCACCAAGACAGUUUCUGUUGUAUCCGCCUGAAGAUUAUUCAUUUGAAAAACAUGCUUUAUUUUUUAUUUUGCUCUAUGAUGAUUCAUUAUGUUGGUGUAAAUGGAAUCAAUUCUCUAUCCUUUGACAAUUCAUUCACCCCAAACCAAAGGUAUGUCAUAUUUUUGCAAAGAUAUGUGCAAAUCUUAUUAGAUUGUUGUUAGUUUUUUUUUUUCUUUGUUUAUAUACAAAAAUAUUGAAUAACUACACUUACAGGUUUGAAUUUGAGGACAUAAGAAAAUUGUCCAUUGAAGAAAAAAAAAGACCAAAUUUUGGAUCGACACGGUUGUGCUAUUGUUUGACUUCAGAUGAUGUAUCUCAUACUGAUAAAGCUUUGUAUUGCUAUAUAACUUCUUAAGAUUCAUUCUUAUGAAAAUGAAUCUUAAAGACUAGGAGUAGAAGAUAUUGAUUUACUCAAAAGGUCUCAAAGAAUUUUGUGAUAAAUAACUGAAAAUGUUGAUAUUUAAUAGCUGAACAAUGUUCUGACUGAAACCUGUUUUUGUUACGAGAAUGGACUGCUGCAGUAGUAUACAUUGUAUGUAGUAUAUAUAUAUAUAUAUAUAUAUAUAUAUAUAUAUAUAUAUAUAUAUAUAUAUAUAAAUGUAAUAUACUAGUGUCUUUUGUAUGGUGGUCCAACUGAAUACACGGUGAGAGGAUUACACAAACUGCAUCUUUCUACAUUCUAGUUAGCAAUUAAGCAAUUUUGUCUCAUUCACACUUUAAUGUAUGUCAUGGAGAGCAAAUGUCACAAGCAGCCCCUGACCCACUGUUGGAUUUAAGGAGAACAGAAUGUUAACAUCCUACUGUAUGUUGCCAAUGUACCACCUCUGCCAAUUCUUAUUUUACGUAAUCGCACACAUAGUUUCUUACAUAAAGAGUUGAUCUCGUGUGUAGUGCUUAUUACGGUUUUUCACCUUGGUCAUCAGGAAACACAUUCUGAAACCUGUUAGAGGCUUUCAGAAUGUUUGAAAUGGAAACUACCGUGAGUCAGGUGCUCUCCUCUAGAACAACAUGACACUGUCAAGGCAGUAAAUUAUUAACCAUGGUGACGUUGUUCUGGGCGAAAGACCAUACGUUGCUAAGGUACUUAACUCUGAAAUCCAAGAAUGAGGUAAAUGUGCUUAGUUCAAUGUGAGUAUUCAACGUGCAAUAUGCAGGAUGCUUGUCCCAUCACACUUUGUUCAAUUUUCAAAAACCAACACCAUCAAAACAUUAAUUAUCUUAAUUACAAAAAGAAACCAUUCGAGAAUGUAUUAACUCAUUCCAUGCUAUUGAGCGCGACCGAUGUAAAAUCUGGAUGGCUGACAUUGACUGACCAAUAUUAGUUUAUGAACUAAAAAUAAAGCCGUACGGCAAUGAGAAGGUU